ACCACUUCAAGCCAAAUUGACAAAACCCAUAUACAUCAUAUCUCAAAUAUUUUUAUAUAUAUAUAUACACACACAUACACAUAUAUAAAAACCAGUCAGGAGGUUAACAACGGCCAAGCCAAAGACAUCAACUUCUUCUCCAAGGCAAGCUAAUUAAUAGGCAGAGACCAAGAAUAUUUCCAUAGAAGAAAAGAAAGGAAUUGAUCACUAAUUUCUCCCUAUUAAUCUCUAUUCUCUUCUCUUUCGGUACACAACCAAAAAAAUUUCUCUUUCUCAAGAUGGCAACUUUUAUUUACAGAAAUGCCACUACCCUUGUUCUUGAUAUUCUUCUUGUUAUGGCACUAUCUCUCAGCUUUUCAGGUGUUAUGUCGUUGGGAAUCAACUAUGGUCAAGUGGCUAAUAACCUACCACCACCAGCCAAGGUGUUGGACCUAUUGAGUUCUCUCAAAGUAACCAAAACUAGAAUUUACGACACCAAUCCAGAAGUCCUGACCGCAUUCGCUAACUCCAACGUUGAGAUAAUCGUGACCGUAGAGAAUCAAAUGCUGUCCCAGUUAAUGGACCCACAACAAGCGCUCCAAUGGGUCACGACUCACAUCAAGCCGUACUACCCUGCGACGCGGAUCACCGGAAUUGCUGUGGGCAACGAGGUUUUCACCGACGAUAGCUCCUCGUCGUUCGUCACCUACCUCGUCCCAGCCAUGGUCAGCAUUCACUCCGCCUUGGCCCAAUUAGGUCUCGACACGUACAUCAAAGUCUCCACACCGAGUUCCCUGGCUGUCCUCGAAAACUCCUACCCUCCUUCCGCCGGAACAUUCAAGACCGAGGUCAAUACCGUAAUUCUGCAGCUCCUGAAGUUCCUUCAGUCCACAAACGCACCGUUUUGGAUCAAUGCCUACCCUUACUUCGCUUACAAAGGCGACCCGACCCUGGUCUCGCUGGACUACGUUCUGUUCAACCCGAACACCGGCAUGGUCGACCCGUACACGAAGCUACGUUACGACAACAUGUUGUACGCGCAGGUGGACGCGAUCAUCUUCGCCAUGGCGAGAAUGGGUUUCAGUGCGAUCGAGGUUCGGGUGUCGGAAACGGGUUGGCCGUCGAAGGGUGACUCGAAUGAGAUCGGAGCCACGGUGGAGAACGCGGCGAUGUUUAACCGGAACCUUCUGAGGAGACAGUUGGCGAAUGAAGGGACUCCUUUGAGACCCAAUAUGAGGCUUGAGGUUUACUUGUUCGCUUUGUUCAAUGAAGACAUGAAACCUGGUCCCACAUCGGAAAGAAACUAUGGUUUGUUUCAACCAGAUAUGACAAUGGCUUAUAACGUGGGUUUGUCGGCCUUGGCUACUACGUCAACUUCUUCUGCUUCUAUUUCUCUUACUUCUUCAGCUUCAAAUAAGGCAGCUAAAAUGGAUAAUCAAAGCCUGGUGUUCUGGAUCAUGUUUGUGUAUUUGCUGACCUUCCAAGUUUUUAUGAGAAGACCAUUUUAAGCCAAUAAUUUGGUUGUUCCAUCACUUCAUGUAUAUAAAUAUAUAUUACUCUUUCAUAAAAAUUAAAAAAAAAAAAAAAAGAUUUAGAGAGAGAGAGAGAGAUUUGGGGUCUUGGCCACAAAUUAUAGAGUACUCCUCUCAAAACCAAGAUUUGCAUUUGGCACAAAGAAAAAGAAAAACCACCAUGCAUUAAUUACUAUUGGUGUGUACGUAUUAUUAUUAUUACUUGAUCUAAUUAAUCUCUUAACAAACAAAAAAAUAUUGUACUACUUCAGUGGGCCCAUGACCUCAUCAGACGGCUAUAAUUUCAUUUACAGCGAGGCCUAAUUGAUCUCAACCGUCGGCAUAAUGAAUGAUCGUCAAGCUAGAAGAAAAUGUUCUCGUAUGAUGACUUUUACCAAUUAUUUUCUUGUUAGAGAGAGAGAGAAAUUAAUCUGCAUGCAGCCAAAUUCAUCAUUAUUUUUACGAGUAGUUGUUGUAAAAUCUAGCUAGCAAAAUCAUUGUGGAAGAAUGUAUUAUUAUCGUAAAACAAUUUAUUAUAUCUCGAUCAAAUUCGAUUCUUCUUAAA